UAUGAUUCUACAAUUGUACAACGUUAGCAAUAUACUCAAUUAUGAGAUGUAUAAGUUUUUACCAUCAAACGAUUUACAAUAUAAUAUUGGCGACGAUUCUACUGACUAGUGAAAGAUAAUGAAGGUAUUCAUCUUAAUUGCAACAGCAAGUGCUGUCCUGACAGCAACAAAAGGUGCACCUGCAGAUCAUAAACCGCCAACAACGGAUCAUACAUUGCCACCUACGCACCUUACUCCGCCACAUUCGCAUCUUUUACCACCUCCACCGCCACCACCAUCCCCACCGUCACACUUGCACCAGCCUAAUCAGGAUGCACAUAUAACUCCUACGGAGAAUACAUUGCCAACUACGGAUCAUACAUUACCAUCUGCGCACCGUACUCCACCACACUCGCACCUUUUACCACCUCCACCGCCACACUUACACUCAAAUCAGGAUGCAUCAACAGAUCCUACAGAGUAUUCUUCAAAUAUGAAUCAUCCAUUACCAUCUGUGCACCUUACUCCAUCACACUCUCACCUUUUACCACCUCCACCGCCACACAUGUACCAGCCAAGUCGGGAUGCACAUAUAGAUUCUAUGGAGAAUACAUUGCCACCUACGGACCUUACUCCACCAAACUCGUAUCUGUUACCACCAUCAUCGCCAUACUUCUCCCAACCAAACCCAUCUCUUGAGGAUUCGCAAAUGCAGAAAAAAUUGGACAGCAUCAAAACUGAUCUGAGGGAAAUCAAAAGAUACGUUAAAUCAAACAACAACAACAGCAAACUCGCCGCUGAGCAGCUCCACAGAAUGUACCUCUAUGUAUUAUCGAUGUAUAUGAAACUUCAUAGCGAUUCUUCUUAUAACGAACCUUCCGCCUUUAUGGACUAAUUAGAAGAAAAUAUACAAUAAAACUGCCGUAAAACAAAAUAAAUAAACGAUUGUAUAUUUCAAUAAAAAAAUAAUAAUAAAUUAAAUCGCAAAGUUCUCCACA